UUUUUUAUCAAUCUAUUAAACAUUGAAUUCCCUGUAUUCUAUGAACAUGUGAAAGAUAAGAAGGACUACUUACAGUAAUAAGACUAUACUACAGCGCUAUCACGGUUACAAUACAUAUAUAUAUGAUAUGGUAUUCAUCAUCAGUUAACCAGUUAACAGUGAAGAAAUGGAGAGAAUUCUAGUUAGCUAUGGACAUAAAAACGAUUGGAUUAGUAAUUUCAAUGUAGAAUCAAUUUUAAAUACAGUAGUCUCAAAUAUUCCCGGUUCUUUCUGGUGGUACGACUCCUACUUGAUAGAUUCUCCUGAAAACUUUAAACAUUAUUAUUGGCUUAAAGUUCCUGAAUACUCACUGUCUGAUAACAAUGGACUCUAUUGUGAAAGAAAACAUUACACUGAAAGAUUUUUGGCUAGACUAAUAGUACUUCGUUAUAAUGAAUCAAUAAAUAUUUCAGGUGUCACAAUCACUCCACAAAGUCAUAAUCAAGUAAUAUGUAUUGACAGUUAUGCGCCUAAGAAUGGUGGACACUGGAAAGUUUUAUGGAGUGAUUUACAACGUGAACUUCAAAUAUACAUCCCAUUGGAAGAUAAUAACUCGUAUAGAGUUACUCGACUGUUAUCAAAUGAACCAAUACAACUGGGGCCUUGCUUACGUCUUAUUGGUUGGGUAUCAGGUCAUACAUAUUCCCCUGAAACUAAGGAUGAUACUACUCCAGGCUCUCAAACUUACAACUGGUGUUUUCUUAUACCUAUAGACUUAGAUCAUCUUCAUAAUGUCACAGUAUUUUUAUUACCAUCAGAAAUAAAGGAUUUAAGCAAUACACCACCUACGCAACACUUGGAAUCUAUACGAUUGGUGGGUGGAAUUGACGAGAAUAUAAACCAUUUAAACACUAGUUUGCGUGAAUUAUUCACAGCAAUAAAACGUGCUAAUUUUACGUAUUAUAAACAAUCAUCAUAUACUGAAACAUUUAACAACAAUAACACAAACACCAAGAAAGACAACAAUUUUUUUACAAUUUCGAGUCUUUUUGAAUUUGGGACUCGAUUAACUAUAAUUACACAACCUUAUAACACUACAAAAAAACAAUCCUACAUGCAUUCUAUGGGAAUAGAUUCUGUCUGUUCGCUUGAUUCAUUAAAUUAUCGAUGUCGAACUGCGGACAGUCGAAAAUUCAGUCAAUAUACAUACAUUAAAACACAGAACGGCAGACCAGUAUAUAAGAAUGGAGCUUUUAUAGAACAGGCAAAGAAAACUGCCAAAGAAGAACAAAGUGAAUAUACCAAUGGUGAAAAACAUUCUCAUAAUCAACCAUUUAUUAUUGAUCAUAUUAAUAAUAUGGACUUAAAUCAACGACAUUUCGUGUCCUGUAUGCAGCAUCAUGUGACAAUAAGUUGUGAUACUAAUGCAUUAUCAUUAGAAAAAGAUGUAAAUGGAAUAGAAACAAAGUGUUUCACUGAUGUAUACCCGCUUGAAGAAUUAGAAGUUGUAUCCUCGAAACAAACUAUUCCUCCACCUUGGUUAUCUGGAUUUAAUAAAUCUGAAAGUACCUCAUCACAUGUAAAUAGUCAGAAAGGAUCUGAUCAGUCUGCAGUAUUUACAAGUUCUGAAUUAUCUGCCAGUAUGAUUGAACCAGAUCAAGUAAAUACACGAUCAUCAGUUGAUGGACAGCAAAAUAUCCCUGAUAGUUUAACUGUUUAUUCAGUAUUUUCAAAUCCUACUGAAGAAUAUGAAAGUCGGACUAAUCUAUUGAUUAAUUUACUCGGGGAAUUAAAUCUGCUAUCACAGAUAGUUUUAUGUACAGAAAAUGAAAAUGAAUCACACACUUAUGAUGUUCCUGAGAUAUGCAAGAGUAUUCUGCAAGGAUUAACGGAAUUACUAAACGAAGAAGAGGAUGAAGAAGACAUUUGUGAUCAAGAGUAUUCAUUACCCUCACAAUCUGCAGAACAAAAGGAUCAGAUAAAUGUGGCUUCUUCUAUGAAUAAUACAGUGGUUACUACUGGGAAACGAAACGAUGUAUCAGAGAUAUGUGUCCCACUACCGACAGUUUGUCGUGUCAAGUCUCCAAUACGCCUAUUGGUAUUCUAUUUUGAGAUUUUAUCAGAGCUAAUGGAAUUGAAAGAUCAUGAAAAUAAGUGUUCUGAAGAUAAUCAAGAAGAUAUAUCCACUUUGAUGGAUAUGUCUGCAGGUGUCUUACGUCUUUUAGAUAUUGACGACAAUGAUGAUAAAAACAACUAUGACAAUAAUAGUGAUAAUAAUAAUGAAGGCGGUGAAGCCGAUGCUACUAAUUUAUCAUGUUACAGAACUUGCGAGAACGCUAUGCAUACACUAAUUCGUUUACAAGAUGCAUGGAUUGCUGCACCAGUUAUAAUUGAAAUGUUAGAUACAACAGGCGUCAGUAAAUCUUUUCAUGGCAGCAUGAACCCUACUGUAGAAAUAUAUGAAACAGCUAAGCUAUAUUUAACUCGUAUUCAAUCAGCUUUAAACAAGCAAAGAUGUGAUAUGCGAAAUUUAAUUUCAAAUGAUUUAAACUCAUUACAAGAAAAGUCUACUGAUCUUUUUGUGGAAGAAAGCUCAGUUGAAAACUUUGAAAAUCUGUGUAAGGUAAGCAUUAAAUGUCUUAUUCGAGUGUGAUUAAUAAAUAUUCUACUUUGAUACUUUCUUUGAGUACUGAUGAGCUUAAUGUAUUCAAGAGCUGAAUAGAAGUUCAUACAGUACAUGGAUUCAUUGUCUUACUACAUAAAUUCAACUGUAAUCCAUCAUCAAAAUUAUGUCUCUUGACUUCUGGUUAUGCUUAUGAAUACGAAGGUAAAGAGGAGGUAAUGAGCCUCAGUGUUCUAGUGGCGAUCAACCCUAUGUUUGCAAUUUCAGGUGAUUUAAUGGCCUACAAGUUGAUUUGAGGAUAGACCACUUACCUAUAUUGUCACUUGGAAUUUAAAACAAACGCUAAAGUUAAAUUAUUACCACUUUGAACUAUUGGGAUUGUUCAAAUACAACCCCUGUGAGAUAUUCUUCAAAUCAGGAGGAAAAGUCAUUCUAUGAAUUUCACGACAUACAUUUCUGACCACUAAGAACUGGUUUGGUGAAAAAUUGACAUUGUUUUCCGGAAAUAUAGUCUUCUAUCUGUAAUGUAUUUGUUUUCGCUUCUUUGAUAAUGCAUUGACUCACUUUAUUUUGUCAUUCAGUCUAUGAUAUUUAUCGCUCUCCUUUUGGAAAUUUACAUAAUUGCCAAAAUAUUGUUCAUUAGACUAACACAAUGAAUACUAGUGGGAUUGUUUAUCUUCCAUCCAGUUGUGAAAUUCAUAUAAUGCAGAG